AUUAUUCGUAUCAUUUAAACUGGACUGUCAACUCAUCUGUGCAAUUGAUACAAGACUGUACUUCUCACUAUAUCCUAUCGCUUUCUCUUAUGACCCAACGAGAGUCCUCCCCUCGACGAUCUAGAACUAUUCACAACCCCUCUCAAAGCAGAUCGUCUUCCCUAAGGCGUUCACCUACCAACCAAGCGAGUGGUCUCAACAUCAACAAAAUGGUCGAACCAAAAAACAUUGUCCACAUUAUCGAGAUUCUUGGUGUUGUCGCAUGUGCACACCACUUUUGGCCCAAAGGAAUCACAUAUGGCGAGCAGGAGGAUUGGGAGAAGGCUCAUCGCAAGAGACAUGAGCAUGGAUCCAAGUCUAAAUCCAAGAGCAGGAGUGGAAGCGGUAGUGGCAGUUCGGGCAGCGAAAGUCGUCGACGAUCGACAAGAGAUGAUAGAAGAUACGAGGACGAAUAUGAUGAGCGACCACGCUACUCGAGGCUUGCAAGCUCGAGAUACUGAGCCUCAUGGGAUAGGGCCACGACUCCUACGAUAUCACGAUGAUUGAAUGACUUUGUCUGGGAAAUUAAGGCGUCAGGAUAGGGAUUCAGGCUGCCGCUUCGAGGUAGUCGGUUAUAUACACAAGCGGGUAUGGCGUUAGGUUCAUCACGACCUGAGGAAGAGCAUUACAUAGAGCACUUCCUCUUUGCAAUGAAUUUCAAAGCUCAUUGUUACACUACCAAAGUUCCUCUUCGCCGUGAGACCUUGUGCCAGCCUGUUACUAUUCAUCUUUCUUCAUCAUGCGACUUCAAGUAUUGACGGUUAGCUGAGAAAGGAUAUG